UGGACGCGUCAAUCAUCAAUCACGUGUGUAUGUAUAUUGCCUGUCGGCAAUGAAGUGUCCGUCUCUCCUGACUAAACCACUCACACUCACACACAUCGUCUCUUCUGCAGAGGUCACCGACAUACUCACCCGACCGAUCGAUAUCGAUCGCAUUGACUGCAGAGCGGUCAUAUACAAAUACGUAUGUAUAUAUGUGUGUGUGUGUGUGUGCAGACAGACACAUCGGUAUAUAUGGGGAGAAAGCCUCAACCAGAUAUGGACUCGGACACACACACCACAAACCGCACACACAUCACCGCAGAAAGAAAGAGGGCACUCACACCUGUGUAUGGCUCUGUGCGCGCGUGUCUGGGCGGGGUGGGUGGCUGGGUGGCUAACCUUUGCCUCCGAGAAAUCCCUGCCAGUCGAACUUGCUCGACCCCAACCGAGCAGCUGACAAGAACACACACACACACACACACACGUGUGUGUUUGCGUAUACACGUCGACUGGCUGACCUUUUGCGUCUGUUUGGUUGACUUGCGUGGCGUUGACACAGUCGCCGUCGACACACACGGCGUCGGGCGGACAGCUGACCCACCGGCACUUAAAGUUGACAGCCUGCAUUGCAUUGGAUUGGAUUGCAUUCACACACACAUCCCUCUGCUGCUGUGUGUGUGGCUGUGUGUGUGUGUUGGUUGGGGGAAUGGAAUAAGCAGGAUUGUGUUGGUGGACGCACGUCGUCGGGUGUGAGUGGCUGUGCCCUGCAGUUGCCGAAGACGCAAUGUGGCCGGUCCUUGGGGCAUGUGACGAACUUGCAGUACAUCUCGUUGUUGUUCACGAAGGCGCCCUGCCAGCCACUGCUGUCUGCACACACACACACAGAGAGAGAGAGAGAGAGAGAUGCACACCACGAUCGCAUCUCAUGCUGUCUGUCCAUCUCUGUGUGUCUGCCCCCUUUCGCACUUGUGUCCAUCCAGUCGGUGAAGGACUGCCAGUCGAAGUACUGCCCGCCCUGCCUCUGCACAUUGGCCGCCGGCAAGGUCGUCUCGUCCAUCUUGCUCACCUUGCCCCCAGACGGCGUCCGGCCAGGCACAAAGUGCUGCCAAUCCCCACCAGACACCCCCAGCAGAUUCGUCGGCUGCACACUUGCUGAACAAAACAAUGCCAUCCAUUAGCACAUUAUUUUUGGUCGCCCGUGGAUCAGCGGCAUACUUGCUCCAGUCGUAGAAAGACCGCCCCUGCUGCUGCCCACCCAUCUCCCCCCACCACUGGCAGCCGGUCACGUCCCACCGCUGCCCCCACCCAUGUAUUUCUUCCAGUCGAACGACUCAGUGGUGCCGAACGCGUCACGUUCCUCCGCACGGACGAGGGUCUCUGAUUCUGGCGGCCAUCCGUCUGCGUGGCGGGUGGCCUUGGCGGCUUUCCGAUAGUUGGGGGGGACGAACUGAUGGAUAAAGGAAUGAAGGAAUGAUUGACCCGUGUGUGUGUGUGGUUGGUGGGGUGGGGUGGGGGGGCCAGAGGGGGCGGGUAAGUGGUACCUUUUGCCAGGCGGGUAAGUUGAUGGGGAUGUUCCGCUUCUGGAACUUCUUGUAAUCCCCGUGUUUCUUGCCGCUGUCCUCGACCAGCACCACACACACACACACACGCACACACGCAUGACGACACACAUCCAUCUACCCAUCCACGUGCAGCAUACCGCCUCUUCCUUCUUAAAUUCGUGUGCAGGCGCCUUGGUGGUAGUGGUAGUGGUGGUGGUGGUUGUUGUGGUUGUGGUUGUGCUGGCCUGGCUCUUCUUGUGGUGUGAAGCAGCAGCAGGGGGCGAUGGUGGCGGUGAUGGUGAUGGUGCUGCUGGUGGGGGUAUGGGCACGUGCUCCGGCACAAACGGCAGAGGGGCGGGCGGGGGCGGGACCUUGCCAGCUUCCUUCUCACGUUCUUUCUCUCCCCUUCCCUCUUUCUCCUUCUGUGGCUUGCCCGUCGGCCUUGCCGCUGCCGCUGCCGCCUCCGCUUUCUUGUGUGUGGUGGGCACCUCUGUCUUUGGCUGUGGGUGGUGCGAUGACUGGCAAGGUGACGGAGGGGGGCAUUGUGGGCAUGGUGUGGGAGGGGGUGGGAGUGGGGCUUCCUUGGCGGCGGCUUCCUUCGCUUCGCUUUGGUUUGUUGCUGUGAGUGCUGAGCCUGGCUGGUGCGUGAGGCCUCCUCCUUCUUCUCCAGCUUGAAGGUAUCCUCAGCCUGACAACCACACACACACACGCACGUACACAUACACAUACACAUGGAUGGGCCACAAGCACCAAGGUGUUACACCUUGGUUACAUACCCGUUUCCGGUCAGGCGACUUCAUCGGUUGCUGCCAGGCUGUGGCUGGGUGUGGGUGUGGGUGCCAGUGCGUGUGGCGGCCAGCUGCUGCUGCUGCUGUUUGGGCGAUGGUGCUGAUCCAGCGACACAGAGAGAGCAGUUGCACGUCAGGUGUGUGUAGGUGCGUUGGGGGGGUGGGAGGGGGGAAUGGUGUGGGUCGCUUACUUGUGGGGGCAUACGAGCGUUUGGCAGCCUUGGCGUAGCCCUUGGGCAGAAACUUCUCCCACCCAUAGCUACACACACACACACAGAGAGAGAGAGAGAGACACAGACACACACACAGACACAGACACAGACACAGAGAGGCAGUCACAAUCACGUGUCGAUACAUACAGUUUGCCUACCUACCUAGGCUGCUGCUUUGUCUUCUUUCCUUGUCGUCCUUCUCGUCCUCCUCCUUUGCUUUGCUCUUCUUGCUCCUUUUGUCUGUGUCGGCGGUGUCGGUAUCGGCCCUAUGAGAUGGGUGCACGGGAUCGUAGUGCUCGGAAGGAGGGGAACUCGCCGCUGUCUGCACCGCACCCAGCCACACACGCAGGUACGCGCAGCGCAACAGACGUGUGAAUGGCAUGGCCACCAACCAUUGGAGAAGGAGGGCGUCUUGGUGUCGUUGAUUUCGUUGACUGUCUUGAGCUCGUCUGCCACCUUCUUGGGCGGGAUCACAAAUUGGCGGUCAGCUUUGUCGGAC